AUGGCGGCCACCAGUCAAGAAAGCCGGAGCUCCCGCCUGCAGCGUCGGGACCCGCCCGGGCGGCCGCCGCAGAACGGUUAUGGCAUCUACAUAUACCCUAAUUCUUUCUUUCGAUACGAAGGAGAAUGGAGAGGAGGGAAGACCCACGGCCAUGGGAAACUGCUGUUUAAGGACGGAAGUUACUACGAAGGAGAGUUUGUGGACGGGGAGAUCACAGGAGAAGGCUGCCGGUACUGGGCCGCGACAGGGAACACCUAUUCUGGUCAGUUUGUUUUGGGAGAGCCGCAAGGCCACGGCGUCAUGAAGUACGGAGCCGGAGGACUUUACGAAGGGGAGCUGUCCCACGGCGUGAGACAAGGACACGGCUGUCUGGUGGACCAGGACGGACACGUGUACCAGGGGUCAUUCCACAACAACAAGCGGCACGGCCAAGGGCACGCGGCCUUUCGGAACGGCGAUGAGUACCGUGGCGACUGGGUUCGGGACCAGCGGCAGGGCCACGGCGUGCUGCGCUUCGCGGAUGGCUCCACCUACGAGGGACAGUGGCACAGCGGCGUCUUCAGUGGCCUGGGCAGCAUGGCCCACUGCUCUGGGGUCGUCUACAGGGGACUGUGGGUCAACGGCCACCCGGUGGCACAAGCCACGAGGAUUGUGAUUUUGGGCCCAGAGGUGAUGGACGUGGCCCACGGCUCUUCCUUCACGGUGGGCGUCCAGCUGCAGCAGGACGACGGGACAGUGGCCGAGAGUGAGGACGGCCGGGUUCUGAAGAUCUCAGCGGGCGUCAGGUCCGUGCAGCUGCCAGCCCGCUCGGAGGUCAGCUUCUUCAGAGUGGACGAGGACAGACAGGAGGCGCCCAUCCAGACCCCGCUUGGGUUCGAGUGCAUCACCUACCCGUUAUUGAGCCCCACGUCCAGAGACCUGGAGCCCAGAGCUGCCCUGGGACAUGCCGGGGCCCACUCACUGCCCCCCGAGGGGGACCUGGGGGCGGCGCUGACACCGGACACCUUGCAUGGCCAGGGUGAGCCCCCCGGCCGUCUGCCUGCAGGGCGACAGUGGUCCUGUCUCCCCGGGGACUGCCGGCCAGCGCAGCGAGGCUGUGCCCAGUUUGUGGACGUCCGCCUCGGGCCACCCCCACCCGGGUACCACCCCGUCCCACUGCUGGACAGCCUGCACGAGGAGACUGACAGGCACAGAGGCAGCCUGGGCCCCGGGACAGAGACGCCCGCCCUGCAGGACCCACCCGGGGGCAGCAGGUCUGGCCGGGCGGCCGAGACAGAGCCAGGGACAGAGGCCUUUCCAGGCGAGUAUGUCAUCAUGAUCCAAGAUGUGACCACCCCUCCGUUCAUGGGCCGCUCACUGCCCACCGCCUUCAAACGCCUCGUGGUCUGUGACGCGGCUGGCCAGCAGCACGUCCCUGGACACAGCCCCGGGGCCCGGGGCCAGGGGCCGCCUCCGUGCACCCGAGGGCCACCGGACCCUGGGACAGGUGACCCUCCAGACACCGCCUCAUUUUGA